AACAGCCGCCAAAAUUGGUCGACUUACGAAAACAUCGUUUACCAUAAGUGACCUUAGUGCUGACAGCAUGGGUUUUAGUUCGCGCAUGGACUGCUGCGGGCAGUUUGUCAAAUACAGUUUAUUUGUAUCGAAUUUUGUGAUUUUUGUUGGUGGUGCCACAGUUUUUUGUUUAAGUCUCUGGACUCUGGUCGAUCGUAGUUUUAUGAAUGAGCUGCUUGGUACAAAUUUAUUUUCUGGUGCCGUUUAUGUUCUGCUGGUCACAUCGGUGGCCAUUUGUUUGCUUUCGUUUUUGGGUUGUGUGGGAGCGGGCAAAGAGGUCAAGUGCCUGCUGCUGACGUAUUUCAUAAUGGUGGCCCUGGUAUUUGUUACGAUGUUAAUUGGUGGCAUAUUGGGUUAUGUUUUCCGCGAACGGGUUCAACAGACCAUGAGACAGGAAAUGCGUUCCUCCAUGGCCCUGUAUGGCAGUCGCCGUGACAUUACCCAGGCCUGGGAUCAAACCCAAGAACGCCUGCAAUGCUGUGGUGUUGAUACCUGGCACGAUUGGAACCGCUUUGGUCUGAUUCCGGAAUCUUGCUGUCAAGAGAUUUUCGGAGGUCAACGUAAGGAGUGCACCAUAUUCCCCACCAUUACGAAUUUGCACAAUCAGGGUUGCCUAUAUGUUACUUCGAAUUUUAUACGCGAUCAUGCAGCGGUGAUUGGCGGGACAUCUAUCGGGGUGGCCAUUGUGAUGAUAUUUGGCAUGAUCUUCUCUUGUCUGCUGUUCAAUAUGAUUGAAUAGUCGUCGUUUGGCG